CGUGCUUCGGUGUAUUGUUUUGCUCUGCGUCACGAAAAGGAGAAAAUUGUGUGAGCGAAAAAUUGCAGGACAUGUAGAGUGUGACGUGGCGAUGGAGAUUCCCAUUCAAGUGGCCGUGCGCGUGUUUCCCAGGGACUUCGACAGGGAGAAGAGCGUCGUGCAGACCAUCUCGCAGGUGCGCCGCCCGGGGCUCACGGAGAAUGGCAAUGUGGUGCCGCAGAUGCUCACGUCGGGCAUGGUGCAGGUGGCGGGCCACUCGUUCCCCGUCACGCACGCCCUGGCGCCAGAGAGUGGUCAAGAGGAAGUGUUCCGGCGCACGGUGCUGCCCAUGAUUGGGGUGCUGCUGGAGGGCUACGACACCAGUGUGGUGUCCUACGGACAGGUGGGCACUGGCAAGACCUACACACUCUUCGGUCCUGGCCUGAAUUGUGCGCACAGCGAGGCGGAGCAGGGAAUUGUGCAGCGCAGCAUCAGGGAGAUCUUCUUACGUCUCUCCGCGCUGCGCACGCGGAAUUACGAGGUGAACAUGGCUUGGGUGGAGAUCUGCGGCGAGGACGCGGUGAAGGAUUUGCUGGAGGCGGGAAAUGUGCCAUGCGGAAGCAUCAGUGAGGCUUUCCAGUGGCUGAAGCUGGGCUUUGGCAACAAGACCGGCCAGACGUCGCACAGCAUCUUCACCAUCACGCUGGAGCAGCAGUGGGUGUCGCCCGAGGGUCUGAUCCAGCACAGACUGUCCACGGCGAGCUUCUGCGAUCUGUGCGGCACGGACAGGAUGUACAUGCUGAACAGCAUGAAUCAGCAUCUCAGCAUUCCCAAGGAUCGCCGGCUGCAGACGCUGGAGGACAUCGUGAACGCCCUCACGGAUCCCAGUGUGGUGCUGUACAACAACAACGUGCCGUAUCACCGCACGAAUCUCACGACGCUGUUGAAGGACUCCUUCGGCGGCAGGGCGCAGACACUCGUCCUGCUGACCGUGUCGUCGCUCGAGGAGAACACCAAUGAGACAAUCCACAAUCUCCAGUUCGCCUUCAAGGCGCAGUGCGUGCGGAAUUACGUGGUGAUGAACACAUUCUCCGACAACAACACGCCGCUGAACGUUGAACCAGUUCAGGAGGCGGCGCCAGAGCCUGUGGACACUUUUGGGCUGCAAUUCGCGGCUUCGCAGUGGUUCAAGCUGGUGUCCAAUGCCGAGGGAUUGCUGAGCAAGCUGGCGGAGAAUGGCAAUUUGGCGCAGCAGGAGCGCGAGCAGAUCGAAGAGUGGCUCUUCCUCAAGGCCGAGUGCGAAGAGUGUCUGAGUUCUGGCGAGAUGGUGGCUGGGAGUCAGCGAUUGCUGGGCCCCAUUCAGGAGGCGGAUGAGCCUGAGGAGAAUAGCGACCAGGAGGAGUGCCAGCAGAACACAGACAGCGAUUCAGAGUCGCAUCGACCGGAUCUCGAGGAGAAGAUGAGGAGUCUGAUGAGGGACUUUCAGGCCAAGACUGACACGCUGGUGAAUGAGUGCUACCAGGAGUUUCUGCGAUCUCACCCCAAGGCUGUGUUUGACAGCACGGAUUCCUUUCGCGGCGCCUCGCCACAAGAGCGCCACGGCCGGCGGAAGUCCAUUCAGCCGGGACAGAGCUUGAGCAGCAUCGAGAUUGCGAUGCUGAGUCGCGUGGCGGGGCGUGAGCAGCGCGAGGAGGUGCAGCCGGAUCUGGUGCUGCCCAGCCGGAAUGGGCAGCGAAAGGUGCUGGUGAACAGGCUGCAGAAGAUCGACACGGAUGUGGAGGGCAAGAAGCGGCAGAUGAAGGAGCUGGAGCACACGAUCUCGCUGAAGCAGAGACUGAUUGAGGACUUGAUUAAGAACAAUGACACGCGCUCCACGGCCAAGCAGCGCUUCAGCAAGAAGCGCAAGAAGCUGGAGGCGGAGUACGAGAAGGCCAAGAAGCAGCUGGCCAAGGCUGUGGCCAAUGGCAGGGGAAAGGCGGAGAUUGAGCGCCUCAGCGCGCUGACGGGACACCAGGAGACGCGACUGCAGGACUUGGUGUCCAUCAUCGUGAUCGCGGGUGAGAAUGGACAGACGGUGAAGAAGCUGCAGCACUCGCUGAAGGAGUCUCGGGAUCAGUUUGAGGCGCUGCAGAAGUCGGCGCGCAAGGCGAGCAAGGUGCGGAAUGCGCUCGAGGCGGAGCUCAAGGAGCUGGAGGCGGCUCAGGCGCCGACGGAGGACAACCAAGUGGAGGAGAAGAGUCAGAGCUUGCGAGCUGUGAGCGCCAGAAUCAGCCAUCUGAAUCACGUGCUGCAGGAGAAGUCGGAGAAUCUGGAGAAGUUCAGUGGCGAGGAGAACGACUCGCUGCGCCAUGAGAUCAGGAAUCUGCGGAAGACCAGAGAUCAGCUGCUGGAGCAGCGCAUCAGUCUGGACAAGAAGCUGAAGAAGGACAAGAUCCUGACGCACAACGAGGAGCGCAAGCUGCUGACGUACGACGUGGCCAUCGAGGCCAUCGACACGACCAUCGAGCUGAAGAACGAGAAGAUCUGCGGGCGCAGCAGCGCCGACUUGGCGCAGCGCCUGGACAGGGAGAAGGGUGAGCAGUUGCUGAUGGAGCGGCUGAGCAAGCUGUCCGAGGAGGAGAUGCGGACGCUGCUGUACAAGUACUUCCUCAAAGUCAUCGAUCUGCGCGAGUCCUCGUGGAAGUUGGAGGUGCAGCUAGUGAAUCUGGAGAAGGAGCGCGAUGCGUCCGAGUGGCGCGAGCGCGCUCUGCGGAAUGCUGUGCGUCAGGCGCGUCUGGAGGGUGAGAAGCAGGCGAUUCUGCUGCAGAAGGCGCACGAGGCGAAACUCACGCUGAUGAUGCGUCAUCUCAACGAGAGCAGCACCAGUUCCACGCUCACAGAUCCCUACCCGCCGUUCUACGGAGAGCCCAGCGAUGCCCUGGUGAAGGCGAAGGACAUGGACUUGUGUCCACUGCCCGGCGAUCGACAGCUCAGCAAGUACAAGCCGCUGGACAGGCUGAAGGUGAAGGAGUGCGAGAGCAAGAAGAAGUUCUUGGCCAAGUUCAGCAUGCUGACGCGCACGGCGCUUCCCAUUCAGAAUCUGAAGCAGCUGCAGCUCUCCUCGUCACCCUCCACGCGUGUGACACGCGAGAAGAACAAGCUCAUCAUCCAGCAGGACAAUGCUCAAGCCCGGCGCCACUGAAUCCCUCCUCCUCAGAAAGAACAACUCUCCUUCCGGACACUUUUUGUGAUAAGCAUUCAGUGAAGACUCUUUUUGCCCUCAUUUUUUACCCUUUUUUUUACCCCUUCCAAUACUCUUCUAUGCCAUGUUUUUGAACCCACUUUUUGUCUCUACACAAAUCCUUGUACUCUUUUUGUAAUAUGUUUAUUUUAGGUGAUGAAUAAA